AGGAGAGAGAGAGAGCCAUUUUCAAAAGAGAAAAUGGGAGGAACUAGUUUGGGAAGCUUGGUAAUGGUCUUUGUUCUUGUUUUGACAUCGUUAUUGGCCGUUGUUCCGAUAUCCGAGGCACAACUCCGACAGAAUUUCUAUGCAGAUGUUUGCCCUAACGUCGAGAGUAUAGUUCGAACUGCAGUCACGAAGAAGUUUCGACAAACGUUUGUUACAGUUCCUGCUACUCUCCGCCUCUUCUUCCAUGAUUGUUUUGUUCAGGGAUGUGACGCGUCGGUGAUGAUUGGCUCGAAUGGAGGCAAUCAAGUAGAAAAAGAUCAUCCAGAUAAUCUUUCACUAGCAGGAGAUGGAUUCGAUACGGUGAUAAAAGCGAAAGCAGCAGUUGACGCUGUGCCGGAGUGUAGAAAUAAAGUCUCGUGCGCGGAUAUUCUUGUGAUGGCGACUCGAGAUGUCAUUUCAUUGGCUCGAGGGCCUUCCUAUGCUGUGGAGCUAGGGAGGAAGGAUGGGCUUGUUUCAAGGGCUUCCGAUGUGGAGGGAAAAUUGCCUCAGCCGAGCUUUAAUCUCAAUCAAUUGAAUGCCAUGUUUGCUGCUCAUGGCCUUUCUCAGGCUGACAUGAUUGCUCUGUCUGCUGCGCACACGGUAGGAUUCUCCCACUGCACGAAGUUGUUGAACAGGAUAUACAAUUUCAGCCGUACAAAUCCAGUGGAUCCAACGUUGAACGCGACAUAUGCAGCCAAGCUUCAAGGAAUGUGUCCGAGAGACGUGGAUCCGAGGAUAGCAAUAGACAUGGAUCCAAACACUCCCACUAGAUUCGACAAUAUGUACUUCAAGAAUCUCCAGCAAGGAAUGGGCCUUUUCACUUCCGACCAAGUCCUCUUCACCGACGCAAGGUCCAGGCCCACUGUUAAGAUUUGGGCCCAUAGUGGACAAACCUUCUACAAGGCCUUCGUUGAUGCCAUGACUAAGUUGGGCCGGGUCGGAGUGAAGACCGGAUCCAAUGGCAAUAUUCGCACCGACUGUAGUGUUUUCAACUCUUGA